CACACACACACACAGCAGCGGCGGAGUGCAGCCUGCCGCGCCGGGGUCGGACCGGAGCUCAAGACACGACGAGGAGACGCGAACAUCUGGCCGCACAUCAUGAGAGGACGCCGGGGCUUCUAGGAGGAACAGCGCGACGAACCGGCCGGGAGUAAAUGUUAUGAAGGAAGAAUGGAGUUCCCAGAACAUAGCCGCCAGUUGCUGCAGUGUCUGAGUCAGCAGCGUCACCAAGGUUUCCUCUGUGACUGCACUGUUCUCGUCGGGGAGACUAAAUUCAAAGCGCACAGGGCCGUGCUGGCCUCCUGCAGCAUGUACUUCCAUCUCUUCUACAGGGACCAGCUGGACAAAAGGGACGUUGUGCAUCUCAACAGUGACAUUGUGACGGCCCCGGCUUUCAGUCUGCUCCUUGAAUUUAUGUAUGAGGGGAAGUUGGAAUUCAGCUCUCUGCCGGUGGAGGACGUCCUGGCGGCAGCCAGUUACCUCCACAUGUACGACAUCGUCAAAGUGUGCAAAGGAAAGCUCAAGGACAAAGACGAAAAGACGGCCGAGGGCUUUGGACUCGGCUGCCCGGCCAGGGAAACCUCCUCCGAAGGCAGGCUGCACAGUAAGCAGCUCGCGCGGCGACAGGCCCAGGCGGCGUCUCAGGGGCUUCACGGGCCGCCCCCCCCCCCCUCCUCCCCGGCGGCGGAGGACUUUGACAUGGACAACAGCGAAGUCAGGCGGGCUGUCACGGACUGUGACGGGGCCGCCGGGCGCAGCGGGCAGAAGGCAAACGGUCACUCCGGCAGGUCCCCGGACCUUGUAGGUGUCAAUUAUUUGUCAGCGGAGGCCGAGCCCCGCGUCCAAACAGCUGGAAAAACAAAAGCCGAUGUCAGCGGCUCCGCCGCAUCGCUGUCCCAGAGGUCCCGGGCUUCGGGUGACAUGGACUGCGCGCUGGAUUUGUCUUUCAAGCCUCUGUCUAGCAGAGAUCCCUUACACCCCUCCUACGUCUCGGGACAGCUGGCCCUCGACAGCCAGCAGCAGGGCACUGGGCCACUUGUUAAAGACGAACACGACUUGCUGUCAGAGCAGGAGGACAGUGAGCCGAUGAGCCCCGAGAGCCAGCGCUUUGGGAAUAGUGCCAGGAGCUCAGUGGUGACAGGGUUCGCUGCCCUCUUCCCAGGCAACAACGGCUCCACAGCCGCCCUGCUCUCCCGGGGGGAGGAGGAGGAGGACCUGAUGGACGAGGAGGGGGAGGCCUGCGGAGGGAGGGAGGGCGCCCAGGGCCGGGCGGCGGCGGCGGAGGAGAGGAGGGGCCGGCUGCCGGGGGACAGCGAGGAGGAGGAGGAGGAGGACGACCUGGCCUCCUCUGACAUCUCCACCUCCAGCGGCGUGCUCCUGCCGCCGGGGCCACAGGUGUGCGUGUGCCCGCUCUGCAGCAAGGUCUUCCCCAGCCCCCACGUGCUGCAGCUGCACCUCAGCUCGCACUUCCGCGAGAAGGACGGCGCCCGCUCCAAGUUGUCCCCCGACGGCUCGGUGCCCACCUGCGUGCAGUGCAACAAGACCUUCUCCUGCAUGUACACGCUCAAGCGCCACGAGCGCACGCACUCCGGCGAGAAGCCCUACACCUGCGGCCAGUGCGGCAAGAGCUUCCAGUACUCGCACAACUUGAGCCGGCACGCCGUGGUCCACACGCGCGAGAAGCCUCACGCCUGCAAGUGGUGCGAGCGGCGCUUCACCCAGUCCGGGGACCUCUACCGCCACAUCAGGAAGUUUCACUGCGGCCUUGUGAAGACGCUCGCCAUCGGGUGAAGCGCCAGUGGGCGGGGACUCAGCCGAAUACUACUACUACUACUGAACACUUUCCACGUUAGUGUACAGAUGCUGCAGGGUUUUUAUUUUUUUUAUUUUUUUUGGAGACUCAUCUCUUUGGAUUGUACACGCCUCCCCCCCCGCGUGGCAUUAUUUCAAAUUCAAAGUCGUAGCUAUACGGUAAAACUGGAGCCGUUUCUCUGUGCUGGACGGCGUCGCCGGGCCUUUGUGGCGGGUCGGAGGCGGGUAGACGUGGGUGCUGGAUCCGCGUUGUCAACGGGAGGCGAAACAAAACCGGAUGAUGCAAUUGUUUUUUUUUGUUCCUGUCUUGUUUGUGUCAUUCUGAGUUCAUUUGAUUUUUGGAAAGCGCAUCCCGGUGUUCAUACCUUAGGCCAAUUGGGCGCUAGCUAAUGCUAACACAUGUUGAUACAAUCGUACGAUUUUUUUAUUUGUGCACAUGGGAGAUCCGAACCGUCCGUAAGUAGCAAUAUAUGAUUUAACUCCCACAUUAUAAUUAUUAUUAUUUAUUGCUUCGGGGGUGUUUGUCUAGUCCUUAACAAGUAAACUAUCGUGAGGCAGCAGAACUAAUGAAGUUUGACUACUGGAAGUACGGCUAUUUUCUUUCAUGGAAGUAUCGUUUUUGUUUGUUUGAAAUGAAGUUGGUUGAAGAUGUACGAGGCAAGAAGACCUUCAUGUCACCAGAGUUCUCUUUUUUUUUUUUUUUUUUGACUUACCAGCUCUUUAGUUUUUAACGUGAGUGAACACAUAUCGAUGGAAAGGCCUUCUAAUUUUGCUAUUUAAAAAGAAGUAACGUAAUCCUAGGAGGGCUGGACAGUAGUGAAGAGAUAAUGUCUGUAACACUGGUGCCUACUGAAACUACUUAACACUUCACGCCGUGUACUUACUUUAACAGGAAUCGGAUAUCAGUGAGUUUUCAGGCCUUUUGAAAGACUCUGGAUUAAACGCCACAUACCGGGAGGGAGGUGACAGCGGCAAUCAUCUGAUCUGAGAGUGUCCCCCCCCCCGACUGAAUAAUUUACAAGAAUGCAAUUAAAGCACGUACAUCAAGGCCUCGUCAGCUGCAUGUGUAUUUAGUCGUCCGGGGUAACGGCGAAUGGUUGGCGGUAAAUGGCGUUGUUGUUUCCUGGUACGGCGUGAAGGGCACACUGGCCUGGUGUCGAGGGGGAGGGGGGGCUGGGAGGGGGGGCGCACCUUAGCAGGGAGGGGCUGGUUGGACGGGUGGAUACGACUCACUCGUGAUGUUGGGCAUGAAAGCUGUGCUCCACACGUGCCAUUCAGCUGAAUCUCUCUUUCUUUGAAUUAACCUCGUUACAUCACCGUAUCUUCUUACUGUGUGUGUGUGUGCGCGUGUUUGUGUGUGUGUGUGUGUGUGCGUGUGUGCGUGUGUGUUACUACUGAUGACGACGCUGGAGUGUGUCCCUGACGUCUUGCCUGUUCACAUAGAUGCUGUUCCGGAUUGGUAGCCCGAGUGUGUAGCACUAAAAGUUCAUGAUAUACUUGUCUAAUCUGUCCUGAGAAGACUUGAGCAGAAUUUAUUUAUUAGUUUGACCUGGUUCAGGAUUGACUGUAGGUGUACUACUUAUUUCUGUAAGCGAUCUUGGUACUCACUGUCUGGUAUUGGGGCUGUCUGUUCAUUUUUCUCUGUGCAAAAUCGAGUUACUGUAAUUGUAUCCUAAUAUGAAGUGUAGAAAUCUCUGCAGAGCCUUCAAGGUUUGUCACAUGGAACAUAGAGAAGCACUUGUUUUUAGCAUGCAUAUAGAUUCAACACUAUUGUCUAGGCUGCUAUUUCUUACUAUGUGUAUAUUUAUUGUAAAUAUAUAUUCUAUUUAUCAAACUCCUUUUUUGUUGUUGUUGCAACACGCGUGAGGCCCAGGGAGCCGGGGGUGUCUUAUUAAGGCCGCAGUCUCAAGACUCGAUCUCAACCCCCCCCAGGAAACAUUUGUUCACAAAGCACCGCCACACUCACUGAUAGGGCAUUGGCUAGUGGCUACCUAUAGAAAGGAGACAAAACCGGCAUUGUCCCCCCCCCCCCCCCCCC